CCUUUUCUAGUCAGUUCGUAAAGUGUCAAAAAAACAAUAAAGUUUUAUGUGUGAUAAAAAGGGUCAACUAUUUUUGUACACAACUUAUAUAUCUAGCAACUAUCUACCAUUAGGAUUUUUUAGUCACUUCCUUAUUCCUAUUUCAUUAGAGUAGUGAAAUUGUGGAUCGCGAUGGACGAUAAAGUUUUUAUUGGUGAAUGGAUAAAAGACAGAAUACUGGGAUCAGGCACAUUCGGUAUUGUUGUUCUUUGGAGACACAAAAAAACAGAUGAGAAACUGGCUAUAAAAACAUGUAAAUGGGGAAAAGAACUCACCGAGAAACACAGAGAAAGAUGGACCAAAGAAGUGGAAAUGUUGAGGGAUUGCCGGAACCCGAAUAUAGUAGGAACAAAAGAAUUGCCUCAAGAUUUUAUAAAAGGUUUAGAAAACGCCAAUCCUUCCGGACUUCCGAUCAUGUGCAUGGAAUACUGCACGGGCGGUGAUCUGCGACAGGUGCUACACAAACCAGACUCUUGCGCCGGUCUAAAGGAAUAUCAAAUACGACAAAUCCUUAAAGACAUUGGUAAUGCGAUGCAAUUUUUACAUCAAAGGAAAAUAGCUCACAGAGAUCUAAAACCGGAGAACAUCGUCAUACACAUCGAGAGUCCAGGUAACAGUGCUCUACAAACCCCAGAUAAAGUGACAUACAAACUUAUAGAUCUUGGUUAUGCCAAAGAAAUUGACUUCAACUCAGUGUGUGCUAGCUUUGUAGGCACAUUACAAUAUUUGGCUCCUGAACUAAUUUACAGUAAAACAUACAGUAAUUCAGUAGAUUAUUGGUCCUUUGGUCUUCUGGCAUUUGAAAUAAUAUGUGGUGUGCGACCAUUCCUGCCAUACAUGGCACCUGCCCAACUGAUGUCCUACCUGGAAAAGAAAACACAUGACCAGAUAUGCAUUUAUGAAAGUUUUCUUGGAGAUAUUGAAUAUUCCAAUGAAAUAUUUCCCGAGAAUCACAUUUCAAAACCUUUUAAAAAAUUUAUAGAGGAAUGGUUGAAGGUUGCACUUGAAUGGGAUCCGAAACUAAGAGGCAGAGACUCUCCAUCAAAAGUUACAUUUAAUAUACCAAGUGAACAGAAGUCCGAGGGCAGUAAAAUAAUAAUUUUUGAUCUCCUCUCAAGUAUUCUGGCAAAGAAAAUUAUAAAAAUAUUUUCAGUGUCAACUUUGUCACACCUUGCUUAUAAUAUUGAUAACACAAUUACUGUGGCAACAUUAAGAACAUGGAUACACAAGGACACAAACAUGCCUGUUGAAGAUCAAAUUUUAAUAUGUCAAAGUACCUGCAUAGAGCUUGGAGAUAAUGAACUUGUAAUUAAUUUUUGGAAGGAACAUUGUAACAUAAUGCUCUAUCUAAUAAAUAAAACUGCCAUAUUGCAAGAUGAUUUGAAACCUGCUGUCCCACAUAUAGUGCAGAGGUCUGUAGACCACCCCAAAGCCUUGUAUAAUUAUAAAAAUGCCCAAAAUUUAUACAGAGAUAGUUUGUACUUUAUCAUUACCCAAGCAGAAAUAUAUAACAGUCUUAUCAACGCAAUGAUGGCAAGAGGUGAAUCAUUAAAAAGUGUUGGACGACAAUUGCUUCUCGGGCACAACAAUGUUGAUAAGAAUAUUGGUAAUUUACUUUCCAAAGUGCAAAUCAGUAAAAAGAUGGUUGAAAUGGGUAAAGAACAUAUAAACAACUUGAAAGAGACAGGCACUGGCACCAACUUGCUAGGAGGAUUUAGUCAAAUAUUCAAAAAAGCAGAUGACAUAUUUGAUAAGAUUAGCAAGUUACAAUGCGCCUGGGAUCAGUUAUUUGUGAGAUUGCAGUCAGCCAAGAGACGUUGUAAUGAAGUAAUAACUGAAGAUAUUAAAAACUUUGUUGACAAAUACAAUUAUAAAACAUUAUACACAAGCGCUUUCAAGACAUAUCUGCUAUUCAAGAAAAGUGAAACGGUGGCUCAGAACAGAGGUGCAGAAAGACAAUGUCUAGAAAUGGCAACCUUAUGCUCCGAGUGCCUUAAACUACGAAAAAUAAUUCUAAAGGAAAUAAAGCAACAGCGCUUUGUCCGUAAACUAAUGGACUUAAGUGUGGAGUUUUCAAAAAUAAAUGAUAUUGUCAAAAAUGCUGCAGAUAAUACAGAAAAAUUAAGCGAGGAUCUCUUAAACAUUAUGGAUGAUCUCAACAAAUGUACCUGGUCAACAAUAAGCUUGGUAAUCAAAGAUGGUGAACAUUUAGCUGAUAUGCCAUACAGUGUUGUGGCUUUUGAUAAAACUGACUUCAAGGUUGGUGGACCUGUUUCAAAUCAUAGUGCCAAAAUCCCUAAUUUGUGUCAAGAGAGAGAAAAACUAGCAUCACUUAUAGAAGAUAGUUUGAAAAUAAGAAAAAGUCAAAUGUAUUUAGUUGAAAAAAUUCAAGCACAAAAAGAGUUAUUUAAGCCUGUUUUUGAUUUUAGUUUUUUGGAUGACAAACAAAAUUAAUCACUUUGUUUAUUUACUAAUUUGUUGAUAUUUCAGAGCAUUUUAUGUGUUAGCUUUUACUAUAAUUUGAUAUUAAGCAUGCAUUUUACACAUGUGGCAUUAUGGUCAGAACUUGGAUGCAUAUUGUUUUGUUUCUUUCACAAUCUCAUAAUGGACUAAAUGGAACAUAAAAACUCUUAUGUCAUAAAAUUGACCUGAAAGUAAAUUUUUAAUUAUUAAAAUAAUGUAACAUAAUACUGUUUUGGUUAGUAUGUUACAUGAUAAUUUCAAUUACAUUAAAUAUUUCUUUUGGGAAGUAGAGGGUUGAAAAGAAACAGCAAUGUUUAGAUGUUGAUUAUUAAUACUGUGAUUUAUAUGAGUGCUACAUGUGAUAAAUUAAUAUUACCUAUAUUCUCUUUGUGCCUUACAAAAAAUUAUCUCACAGUUGAUUACAAUUUUAUUACUUUUGCGAAUUUUUGUCAACCUUAAGAUAAGUUGCGCACAUAACGCGUUUCCAGAAAUUUAAAGGUGAUUACACAUCGGGCAUUUUUUCAGCACGUUUUAAGGUCAUUUUUGUACGCCUGAUAAAUACUCUUGUGUCUAAAUACAGGAAAAUCAUAAUCAAGGUGCACUGGGGCAGCUAAAACAUUCGUUAAUUAAUAAGUCUUAUCUAAAUAGAUCUCUAAAAUUGGCCAAAUAUUUCUAGGUUGCCAUAGGAAUUGUUAUCCAUUUUACAUAGUCCUGUCUCAAAUUUUCGCAAAAUGGUAAAGCCAGGAAUAGUUUGUAAGUGGAAUGUAUUCAGUAAACAAAAUAAUCUUUUGAUAUACAUUUGCAAUCUGUAGGAUUUAUUGUGUCGUAUUUUAUAUUUACAAAGAUAGGCGCGGCAUACAUGAUAUAUUUACUCAGGUACAUUUUUUACUUAGUCAGUAAUUACGUUUAAUGAACAAAGGAAAAGAUUAAUAAUGAAGUGGUAAGUAUUUUUCUUAGCCAAUGAAAUGUUAUGGUUCGUGUGCACUGCCGGGCAAAGGGCACCACAACUUUUCAUACCUAAUAAUGAGAUAGUAAACAAGAAUUGUAAACUGUGAUGUUUAUAAAAAUAAACAUCACAGUUUACAAUUCUUGUUUAUUUCUUUUUGUAGAGUAUUGUAAUUUGUAAGUAAUUUUAUGGCAAUAUAACUUAACUGCGCAUUUUAUAUUUGUUACUAAUAUUUUACUAUUUUUAAAAGUGUCAAAAGUUUGAAAUUGAAUCUUUAUUUGGUAUGUUUUUGUAUUGAAUUUUUUUCUAGUCAAAAUGUGUUAAAAAUCUUUUUCAUUGUAUCGUAAUAAAAAUAUUAUUUUA